CUUGAUUAUAUAAGAACGUUGGUUUUUUAAUUCCACUAGUAAUAGUAAGAGGGGACGCAAACUAGCUGUUCACUUGCUUCCCGUCACAUUUGCCUGCGUUUCAAGCGCGUAAACUUUUCGAACCACCGUAAAAUUUAGUUGUUCACAAUGUGGAUUUUACUAAUGUCUUGUUGUGCUGUCAUUUUCGUUGUGCAUAUUUUUUGUCGCAUGUCCCGGGGAAUAACCAGAAGUUCUACUUGUUUAAUCGGAAAAACCGCGAUAGUAACUGGAGCUAACUCCGGACUAGGUUACCAAACUGCCCUAAAUCUGGCUUCUAGAGGCUGCCGCGUGAUAAUGGCGGACGUAGCAGACAUGGAAAAUUCAAAACUAAACAUAAUAAAACACACAAACAACCAUAACAUCAUAGCGAAAAAACUAGACUUAUCUUCGUUACAAUCCGUGCGCGAAUUCGCCUCAGACAUCACCAAAACCGAAGAAGAAUUACAUAUUUUAAUAAACAACGCUGGUGUUCCUGGAAGCGAGGAAAACAGAACUAAGGAUGAUCUUCAUCCAGCGAUGCAGAUCAACUACUUCGGUCAUUUCCUCCUCACGCAUCUCCUAAUAAAUUUGUUAAAGAAGUCCGCACCCAGCAGGAUUGUCUUCACGAGUUCGAUCCUCGCUUUCACUAAUAACCUGUCGCUGGCUAAUUUAAACUUCGACGAGUCUACAAGCAACAAUCCAAAAUUUUAUAGGCACUUGUGUAUUUAUAGCAAUUCGAAAUUAGCACUACUGAUUGCAUCAGAUAAAUUCGCCGAAAAACUCAAAGGGACGGGGGUGAUUUCCAACAGUGUCCAUCCAGGACUAGUGACGACACCGAUCUACGACAGGGCGUAUUCUCUCGUGAACAGUCAAAUUAUCGAACUAGCAUGGCGUUGUGUUCACUUUUUUUUUGCAAAAGAUGCUUGGGAGGGUUCUCAAAGUUUGGUUCAUGCUGCGGUUUCAAAAAAAGUGGGAAAUCUCACUGGGAAGUACUUUGCUGACUGUAAGCCAUUUUUUAAGCCCCUUUGUGCGUACGACAAGAAGUGGUGCGAGGAAAUAUGGAACGCGACUGAGGAGCUUGUUCAUCUCAAGCCAAAUGAAAGACUCUGAGACUGAAAUUUGUAAAUUUUAAGUAGUAAAUAAGUUUAAGUUAA